UUUGGUCCUCUCCCCAAGCCAAGCUGAGUUGUGGGGGCUGUGACCAGCCCUCCUGCAAGGCGGAGCCCCUGCCCGCGAAGGGACAGAUGUGCGUGGUGCUGGGGGAGGGGCAGGAGCACCACAUCAUCUAACAGGUUGGUCGGGCUGAGAGGCGUCCCGCCCUCCCGCAGCUAAUGAGCACUGUGCGACAGGUGUUUGCAUCUCAGUCCCCAGCCUGCUCUGGCUGCGACAGGAGGCAGCCGCCAGCCACCGGCCUCCCCUCCAAGGCUCACUUGCUUGCCUGCUCACCGCGCCACACCAGGCCUCCCCGCUCCCAGGCCGGGGGUAGGGGCCACCAUGGCCUGCAGAUCCUGCGUCGUUGGCUUCAGCAGCCUCAGUGGCUGUGAGGUGACCCCGUUGGGCAGCCCCCGGCCUGGGACCUCUGGAUGGAGCAGCUAUGGGGCCCCAGGACCUGGCUUCAGCUCCAGAAGCCUCACAAGCUGCUGGCCAUCUGGCACAGUCCCCAAGGUGACUGUGAACCCCAGCCUCCUGGAGCCCCUGGACCUCAAGGUAGACCCAGCUGUCCAGCAGCAGAAGAACCAGGAGAAGGAAGAGAUGAAGGUCCUCAAUGAUAAAUUUGUCUCCCUGAUUGGCAAGGUACAAGCCCUGGAACAGCGCAACCAGCUGCUGGAGACUCGCUGGAGCUUCCUGCAGGGCCAGGACUCAGCCCCCUUCGACCUUGGGCACCACUAUGAGGAGUACCAGGGCCGGCUGCAGGAGGAACUGCGCAAAGUGAGCCAGGAGAGGGGACAGCUCGAGGCCAAUCUGCUGCAAGUGCUGGAAAAGGUGGAAGAGUUUCGAAUCAAGUAUGAGGAUGAGAUCUCUAAACGCACGGACCUGGAGUUCACGUUCGUGCAACUGAAAAAGGAUCUGGACACUGAGUGCCUUCGCCGGACCGAACUGGAAACCAAGUUAAAAGGCCUGCAGAGCUUCUUGGAGCUGAUGAAAACCAUCUACGAGCAGGAGCUGAAGGAUCUGGAAGCCCAAGUGAAGGAACUGUCAGUGACUGUCGGCAUGGACAGCCGCUGCCACAUUGACCUGAGUGGCAUCGUGGAGGAAGUGAAGGCCCAGUAUGAUGCCAUUGCAGCCCGCAGCCUAGAGGAGGCCGAGGCCUACUCGCGGAGCCAGCUGGAGGAGCGAGCCGCUCGCUCAGCCGAAUAUGGGAGCUGCCUCCAGAACAACCGCUGCGAGAUUGCCGACCUCAACGUGCGCAUCCAGAAGCUCCGGUCCCAGAUCGUCUCUGUCAAGAGCCACUGCCUCAAGCUGGAGGAGAACAUCAAGGCAGCUGAGGAGCAGGGCGAGCUCGCCUUCCAGGAUGCCAAAGCCAAGCUGGCCCAGCUGGAGGAGGCCCUGCAGCAGGCCAAGCAGGACAUGGCCCGGCAGCUGCGCGAGUACCAGGAGCUCAUGAACGUCAAGCUGGCGCUGGACAUCGAGAUCGCCACCUACCGCAAGCUUGUGGAGGGCGAGGAGAGCAGGAUGGACGGGCCCGCUGCCUCAGCCACCGUGGUCAGCACCAUACAAUCCUGGCCCAGAACCUCUGUCUCCAAGCCAGCCCUCUCCAAGGCCCCCUCUCGAAGAAAGAAGAAGAACCGAAGAGGCCCUGUAAUCCAAAUCACUGAAAUGUCAGAGAAGUAUCUGUCUCAGGAGUCGGAGGCCUCAGAGUAAGACAGCUGGACUCCAAAAGCCCCAGGACACUCUGACUGAAGCGGGAGGGAUUUAAACUAGACUCAGAAAAGUAUCCAGGAACCUCCCGGUUGGGAGGGGAGACAAAACCUGAUAUGACCUGAGAGGACACGGGCUCCAGACUGGGCCUGCUCUUUUGUGGAUAGUCCAAGUGCAAGCUAAGUGCCAGUGGCUCCACUGUGGCAUCAUUGUCUCAGUCCCCUCUUCUAACCUGCUGGUCACAGGUCUUCUGGGCUGGGUAAACUGAAACUUGGAGAGUCAGUUUGCAUCUGCUUCCCCACUCCUCUGAGGCUCUUCCUCCAACAUAGAGCUCUCACCAAGGUGCUUCAACUCUUUUGCCCAACACUUGCCCUAAACUCCUCUCUCAAGCCUUGCCUUGCCUUUGCCUCAGAACUGAGGCUGGUGCCUGUGCUGUGCCCAGGCUGUGGAGGGCUAGGAGGACACUUGGCCCCAUCUUGUAUCUGGACUGCCAAAGGGACUGGUGCUGAGGCCCUUGCCUGCCCACACUUGGGCUCCCCAGACACCUGACAGUAUUAGGGAAUAAGGGGAGGAGGGGCCCUGGCCACUUGAGACCUGGGCCUCGACCUGAGAUCAGCCUGGACACCAGCACCCUGCUGUCCUCCUGUGGGCCUCCCCAAAGUUGCAGUCAGAACCAGGCAGGCACCUCCAGCCAGCCCCCCACCUCUCCAGAAGCUACUCCCACAUGGUCACCUCCCUGCACUUCUGGAAUUAAUGUGCCCCCAGCCCAGGCCUCUCCUGGGCUUGACCACCAGCUCUGAUGUACCAGGCUCUGCAGACCCCUAGCCGAUCCUUGUGAUGAAACCCCAGUCCGUUUUCCCUGACUUCCACUUCUCAGGACCCUGCUCUCCUCUGCACUGGGUCAAAUAGCCUGGCCUUCUGCUCUCUGCAUUCCCUGGGUGCCCGGGGUGCCCUCCCUAAGGACUUACAUCCUCUUCCUUCCUUCUGCUCUGGCCUCUCCCACUCCCCAUGUCUGCUCUCCCCACCUGCAGCAGGCCAUGAGGAUAGCACAGUCUAGGCAGGUCGGGGAGCUUCUGAGCCCUGGUUUGCUGGGAAGCCUGGGUAAUCUCCUUAAAAGGGCUUAACCAAAGAGAAAAUUUCAAAUCCACAGGAAGACCUGGGAUUGGUAGGAAUGAUCCUGGUCCCCUCGCUGGGGUAGCCUUGCAGCGCCAACCUCAACUCCUCGAGCCACUGUCGUUCUUCCCUUUCCUCCUCCCCACUACCCCUUCCCUCGCCUCCUCUUUUAGCCUGUCUGAUCCCUUCAUCACAUUUUCCAGGUCAGGGUGGCCUAUGGCUUUGGCCUCACCUGAUCCCCAAGGCCCGCCGGGCCUGUGAGGGGUGCUGGUGGGCCACCAACUCUCUCAGGCCAAAGGAAACUUGGCCAGGUAUUCAUCCCUGAUGUUCCUAAAGGGGAUGCUGAUCACUGCUUUCUUCUCGGGCUAUUUAUUGGUUUCCAAGGGAGCAAAUCCUCAGUGGGAAUAUGAGAUAUAUAAAGUACAUAUUAUUUUUUCAUAACUUAUGUGGCUUUUAACUUAUUGUUUCCCUUCCUGUUUCUGCAUGAUCAGCGCUGUGUACUAUCUGGACUUUAGCCAACACAUAUCCCAGCCACCCCACCUGACUGGGCAAUGCCUCCCCCAACUCCCUGCCAAGGGAUGAAUAAAGUGUUGAGAUUUUG